CGCUUUUAACAUAUACCGCUGCCACGCGUGGCCUUUCUCGUAGGCUGCAGGCUCAGGACUGUGGUGUCUGCGAGGCGACUGUGUAGCCUGCAAUGAAAAAGCCCCACAGACGUUCAUCCCCGGGCUGGGAAGAGUGUCCUGCUUAGCCUCCGUCUUUCACGGAGAAUGCAGAAGGCACAGCCAUGGAAAAGAAACCACACUUCGUUAGGAGGGAGUUUCCUCCCAGGGAGGUGUCAUCUGUCUCGUUGGCAUUUCUGCUCGCGGCCGUCCUGCUCCUUAAUGCCCUUCUCUACCUGUACGUCAACAAGUUUUACAUCGCUUCGGGACGCGCCGAAACAGACCCCGGCCUCUGCCCUUUCGGGUACUUCAAAUUGGGAGCGGUGAAGAAUUGUUCCCCGUGGCUCUCCUGCGAAGCCAUAAAUAGGGAAGUCAGGAAACUCAAGUGUGUUGGUGAAGGUGCUGUGAAAAAGGUCUUCCUUUCCGAGUGGAAGGAAAACAAAGUGGUCCUUUCGCAGCUCACCAACUCAGAGCUGAAGGAGGACUUUCUCCAUGGACUGAAGAUGCUGAAAGCACUUCAAAGCAAGCACGUUGUCCGGCUGCUUGGCUACUGUGUGCAGCAGUUCACAAUCCUUACCGAGUACCAUCCUCUAGGCUCCCUGAGGGGCCUGAAUGAAACUCUCCACAUCCCCAAGUACAAGGGCAUGAACACCUGGCAUCGCAGGUUGAUGCUUGCCAUCGACUAUGUGAGUGUCAUUCGGUACCUGCACAGCAGCCCUCUGGGCACCUUAGUGAUGUGCGACUCGAAUGACCUGGACAAGGUCCUCUCUCAGUAUCUCCUAACAAGUGACUUUCACAUCCUGGUGAAUGAUUUGGACGCUUUGCCUCUUGUGAACAGGAGUGCCGGCAGGCUGGUGAAGUGUGGUCAUCGAGAGCUCCGGGGCGAGUUUGUAGCUCCUGAGCAGCGUUGGCCCUAUGGAGAAGAGGUGCCAUUCGAGGAUGACCUCAUGCCUCCCUAUGACGAGAAAACAGACAUCUGGAAAAUCCCAGAUGUCUCCAAUUUUUUCUUGGGCCACGUUGAAGGAAGUGACAUUGUGCGACUGCAUUUGUUUGACAUCCACGCAGCAUGUAAGAAGAAGGACCCGGCUGAAAGGCCUUCUGCCCAAGAGGUCUUAGACACCUACAGGAAAGUUUUAACUCUGCUUAUUCGGGAGGCGGCCAUGCCUGGUACUAGGGAAAUGUUAUAGUGAAUCAUGAGACAAACGACAUACUGAAGUUGAUGUCCUUCCUAUUUAUUUAGCUUGCCUGAAGGGCAAAAUCUCUGUCCCCAAAACUGAGAAGAUAAAAACAACUGAAUUUGUACCUUUUGAUUUAAAAAAAAAUAAAUCCACCCAAUGCUGGAGCUGUGCAAGCUUCCCAUUGGCAUGUUUAAUCUAUUGUUGGAAGAGGAGGAGGGAAAGAAAUUAAGUUGUGUGGGUGCAGGGGGAAAUUUGUUCCUCAAGAAAUAAUAAAUUUUCUUUUGUAACAUUUACACAAAAACUGUCUUAAAAAAAUUUACAGAAGAAGAGUUAAAAAAAAAUACUGGCCCACUUAAACUGGUUGGCAGAGGACUGGAGAGCAGAGACCAUGGCAUGUGCCCCACAAGCUUUGUGCUGAUUCCUGUGGCUUUGGCCCAUGUCUUACCUACAAAGCCCUCACCCACUUCCCCUUGGAGUAAAAGCAGUGGGUGAACCCCGAUGCCAAGGCCCCCAGCGGCAGUGUCUCCCUGCUGGAUGGGGAAUAGGUUGGUUUUGGAGCUGUACAGCCAUUGCUCUGUGGGCCCCAUAUCCCAUACCAGCAAGCAUGUGGCCAUUUUGUAAGCAAGCAGGUCAUGCAGAUCCUGAAGAGACUGCUUGCAGACACGUGCUCUUGGUUUUCAAGCCUUCGCCCCGUAGUGUUCUCAGAUGGGCUCUUUGGAGAUGAAGCUGUAAAACAGGAGUCUCUUGCUCUUUUUUAAUCCACAGAUAUCCUGAGCACUUUGGAAGAGAGCUGAAGCGUAUCUUUUUUUCAUUCACUUAUCCUUGCUGAGUGUCAUCAUGACUCCAUGGAAGGAGGGAGAACAAGGAACUGAAGGAGAAUGUGAAUUCCACAGCAAUAAGCGUUAAACAAGAGCUUUGGAAAAUAAAAGCCGUAUAGUCAGAGCAUACAACUCUAUUGGGUCUGAAUACAAAGCCUGCUAAGCAUAAAGAAAGGCUGCUUUUUUGUUCAGUGUGUUUAGGAGAAAGCUUUUGGUACCUGCAUAAGUGUUACAGCGUUGUACCAACAGGAAAGGAAGAAUAAUGAUGCCUUAAUCCAGCAGUAGGCUCUGUUUGGUGGGACUGGGAUAUACUUGUUCUCUUGGUGAAAAAACAGGAAUAGUAUGAAUGAGACACAUGGGCUCUACCAUUAUGCACCGGAGGACUUUCUGUUCUGCAGACUAGGUCUUUGAAAGACCUAAGGGCCUGAGACAACAUUCAUGUUUUGACCUGAGAGGUGAUUUAUAAGCAGAGAAGUACAUGGUCCUUUCUGCUGAAGAGUUUGAUUCUGUUCUUUGCUGUGCUGAUAUUCCUCUUCACCUAAACAAGCCGUGUUAUCACUGCACUGAGAACAUGCAGUCAGUUUGUAUACAUAAUGUUGAAACACACAUGUGUUCUAUUGCUACCAAAAUUUUAUUAUAAAUGGGAAAACUUUCCUGCGAAUUACUAAAUUCAUACCUGAUUUCAUACAAUGCCAGCGGGAGCUGGCAUUUAAAGACUCCUUAUUAUGGCUUUCCUUUCCUUCUGGGCAGUCUAUUUUCUUAAAUUAGCAGAUUUUUGCCAUUUUUCACUUGUGCAGUCCUUCCUGGCAGCUUUCCUGCUCAGGUUCUCAGGAAGCAAAGCUCCUCAGGGUCUCCAAAAGAGAACAAUGAUUUUUGGAUGCUUCGUGUUUGUUUUGGACUUUGACUCAAAACAUUUUAAAGAAGCCUGGGGAAAAAGAAUGCUCUCUGUUGUAAUUGUAUCAUCCAGCCCAUGAACUCUUGAGUCGUUAUUAUUAGGGUUAGAGUUCUACAGUUCCAGCAUGAAUCCAGGAUGUGCAACAGUUGGAAGAGCAUCCUGUUACAGCUCUUCAAAGCCGGGGAUCAAGCUUUGAAGGGCCAAGAGUCAAACCUUUUGCAUGUGUCCCCAGCAAUAACUCGUUACCUCUUGUUAGCCAUCAUGUAUACUUGAAAGAAAAAUCAGCAUCUGAUGGCUGUGAAGUAAACAUACCAUGCAUUUUUUAUGAGAGUAGCAAGGACAGACAAGAAGAACCUGCCAAGCCUCUUAUGCUGGUCUCUCUUGGUUAAGACAAGCUUCUGCUUGGAUUCUUGCUCUGUUGUGUACUGUUGCACCUUGCAAACAGCCAUAUUAAUUUCACAGAGUGAAAAACAAAUGAGGACAAAUUCUGGUUCUGAGUAAUUAUCUUGCUGUGGAAAUGUCUCUGUUCCUGGAUGAAAUAGUUACAAUUUUUUUUAAGAAAAGGUGUCUCCCUAAAUAUUCACCCUGAGCACAGUCCUCUGCAUGUCUCUUCCCCAUUCCCGCUCCUUCAGCUUGUGUGUUG